AUGAUACAAUUAGUCAUACCUGAAGUGUGCGUGCCUGACCUGGACCUGGACCUGGGACCCAACAGUAUAAUAUGUCAUUCGUCGCUGCACAAUAUAUACUUCACACAUUCCGUGAAGAUGUCCCAUACUGUGGUGCGAGGGAAGCCGACAGCCUCACAGUUGUACCUGGACGGAGUACUAGAUGAAGUGCUGCUCGAGAAAGGAAUCAAACCUGACAAUGCGCAAAGAGCAACGGUAACGCUCUCACAGCUAAUGUUUCACUGUCUGAAGAGAAACCUGGACGCUACUUUCUUGACUAAUGGAGCUACGGGUGAAAUUAUUACCAAUGAACAACUUCUCAGGCAUGCUGUCUCACUCGCACGCGCACUUAUCGCCGAUGGUGCUAUUGGAAAACGCGUGAUGCUACUCAUGAGGAACCAUCAUCGUAUGACAUAUGUGUACUUUGCUGCAAUGUUCUCCGGGAUCGAGUUCUUCUGCGCGGACCCUAACACAACAGCUUAUGAGUUAACCAACGUCUUGAAACUCAUAGAACCAUCAUACAUAUUCUACGAUCGUCAAUAUGACACGAUUCUACAUGAAGCACUCAAAAAUGCGAAUCUUAAAAAACCUUCCCUAUUUAUCGUUGACGAGCCUCAACAUCUCAUUACAUUUAUUGGCGACAACAGUGGCGAUAUAGAAAGCUAUCGGGUACCAAACGCUUCACCAGCUGACACAGUAAUGUUAUUACCCACAAGUGGUUCUACCGGGCUACCUAAAGCUGCUGCUCUGUCACAUGUUGGAAUGAUAGCACAAUUGCCUACUAUUUGGAACUACCACACCAAGUUUCCAACACCAACCAACUUAGCGAUGAUCCUCACCAGCAUCCAAUGGGCAACCUUCACGAUGACAUUGACAACGUGCGUGGUCUAUCACGUCCCUGUGUUGAUAUCGCCUAGGAUCAAUACGGUGGAAAGCGUGACCAAGUUGUUGGAGACGUACAGGCCUACUUGGACGUUCCUCACUCCAGCUUUUGCUAGCUCCCUAGCUCCAGUAAUUAGACCUGAUCAAUUGAAAUCUCUUGAGAUAUUGAUCCUACUUGGAGCACCAGCCUCACCUAAACUUAUCAAUCUUCUUCAGGAAAAGUUACCAAAGACAGCUCAAUUAUGUAAUGGUUACGGAUGUACAGAGUCCCAAGGGUUCAUUGCGCUACCAGACAAAGAUACCCCUACAGGAGUCAAUGGAUGGGUCAUCAACUGUUUGCACUACAAGAUCGUCGACGAAAAUGAAAAAACACUCGGGCCAAAUCAAUCUGGAGAACUAUAUGUGAAAGGAACAUGUAUUAUUGAGAAAUAUCAUAAGAACGAUAGCUGUUACAAGGAGUCAUUCACGUCAGACGGCUGGUAUAAAACCGGUGACAGAUUCUACGUGGACGAGAACGAGAGAAUUACCUUCGUUGUGAGGAUCAAGUUCAGUUUCAAAUUCAGAGGAUGUCAGGUGUCACCCGAAGAAGUAGAAGGUGUAAUAUUCUCGGUACCAGGAGUUCUCGAGAGCCUAGUUUGCGCGACAGACAACGGACCAGCGGCUGCUGUUGUGAAAAGACCCGAUGCAAAAGUCACUAAAGAACAAAUUCACAAGAUCGUCAAUGGGUUACUGAGUGAUCACAAGCGUCUCCACGGCGGGAUCGUCUUCGUACCUUCCCUACCUCACACGCAUACCGGCAAGGUCGACAGAAGAGAAGGAAGUAAAUUGAUCUUGGAGGCUGUUAGUAAUGGUCAAUGUUGA